AGUCGUCUAUAAGUACGGCCGCGGCGUGUGUCGGCGGCAGAAGCGGAGAGUCGCCCCGCACGGUGCAACGCACGCUCCUGUACUCACAUGACAGCUCAGUGAUAACAUACAGCAAACUGAUCGGUGGGACUGUCAGACAUCUCUUAUAAGCUCUGCAGUGGCUCAACGUGAUUGUUUUUGAAACAUCUCCAGAGUGUUUCAAUCUUUUUUUCCCCUUUUCCGUCGCUUGCAAAGAGGAUUUACUUCUUUACGCUUUUACCUGGUUUGAUCCACAAUGCCAGCUGACACUAUGGAAAAGCAGACGGCAUCUCCUAUUGCCGGAGCCCCUGCAAACGGAUCACACACACCGGACAAACCGAAAAAUGCCAGCGAGCAUAGAAAAUCAUCCAAACCGAUCAUGGAAAAACGCCGGAGAGCGAGAAUAAACGAAAGCCUCGGGCAGCUCAAGACUCUCAUCCUGGACGCACUUAAAAAAGAUAGCUCCAGACACUCCAAGCUGGAGAAAGCAGACAUCCUGGAGAUGACAGUGAAGCACUUGAGGAACCUGCAGCGCGUACAGAUGAGCGCAGCGCUCUCAGCAGAUGCCACCGUCCUGAGCAAAUACAGAGCCGGAUUCAACGAGUGCAUGAACGAGGUCACCCGCUUCCUGUCCACCUCUGAGGGGGUGAACACGGAGGUGAGGUCGAGGCUCCUCAACCACCUGUCCAGCUGCAUGGGCCAGAUGAUGUCCAUGAACUACCCGCAGCAGGCCGCGUCCCAGCAGGCGCACCUGGCUCAGCCCCUCCAUGUGCAGCUCCCAUCCACUCUGCCCAUCAGCAGCGCCGCUAUGAGCUCCAAACUCAGCCCCGCCGAGGCCGUCUCCCCGAAGGUCUUUGGUGGGUUCCAGCUGGUGCCCGCAACCGAUGGACAGUUCGCUUUCUUGAUCCCUAACCCGGCCUUUGCCUCCGCUACAGCCCCUGUCAUCCCACUUUACGCAAACGCAGGAGUGCCUGUUGCGCUCAACGCCAGUCCGGUGCAUGGCAGCUCGGCACCGACUGCGGCUUCUCCGGUCCACGGCAUGACGUCCUUCUCCGGGGGAUCCCAAGCGGUCAGCCCGGUCGGGGUCAGCACCGGCUCGGAGAGCAACGAGCCUGUGUGGCGGCCUUGGUAGCGCGAGGGACAAGAGACUCACGAGAAACCAGUUUGCAUUACUUUUUCCAGUUUAGACAUUUAACUGACUGCACGCACAGCUGUUGCGGGGGUUAAACCUGGAACUUUUCCGCUACGGGACGGUAACUCUAACCACUUAAUGCCCCCCCCAGUAGUUGUCAUUGUUUCGUUUAAUGGAACAUCGGUUGCCUUGAAUGGCACAUGGUUUUUAUAAUUUAUCGCCUGAUUCCAACAUUUGGAUGUCGGUGAUAAAUGCUGUACAUGCAGAGGAAGAUUUAUAGGAAAUGUUUGUUAUGAAGUACUUUUUAUGAAAAGGUUUAGUUUUGUACAGAGUUGUUAUUGAUUGUUAUACCAAAGCUGUGUUUUAUAUUCUUUGUUGUUUUGUGUUGAAAAGAAAAAAAAAACUGAAGUUGGGUGAUGGCCCAUUGUUUGAAUAAACGAGAUUUCAGAAAUUAA